AUGGAGUCGGUGACGCUGGGGCGGGUCGAGCCGCCGGACGAGGCCCGACCCGAGGUGGUGGUGGAGGAGGAGGAGGUGCUGGUGCUGAGCCGGGGGCAGCUCAGGAGCAAACCGGGGGGAGCCGUGCGCUUCCUGUCCCACCAUCGCCAGCAGCAGCAGGUGGUGGUGGAGGAGGAGGAGGAGGAGGACGAGGCGCUCAGUUCGUGCUCUCCGGCGCCGCGGCUGUGCGCCGAGAAGGAGCCGCUGCUGAGCUGGGCCGCGGCCUCCUCGGAGCCCCCGCACAGCCCCGGCGCCGGCGGCCCCGACCUGAACCACUUCCCCGACGACCCCUGGUUCACCGAGACUGUGCUGCGGGCAGAGCAGGCCAUCGAGAGCGGCGUCAGCCCCGAGCGCAUCUCGCAGGGAUCGAGCGGCAGCUACUUCGUCAGGGACCCCAAGGGGAAAAUAAUUGGAGUAUACAAACCAAAAACAGAAGAACCCUAUGGACAGUUAAAUCCCAAAUGGACCAAAUUUUUCCACAAGAUCUGCUGUCCGUGCUGUUUUGGGCGUGGCUGUCUUAUUCCUAAUCAAGGUUACCUGUCUGAAGCUGGUGCAUACCUUGUAGAUGAAAAACUAGGACUGGAAGUCGUACCAAAAACAAAGGUAGUCUGGCUUGCGAGUGAAACGUUCAAUUAUAGUGCAAUAGACCGUGCAAAAUCCAGAGGAAAGAAAUAUGCUCUAGAAAAAGUGCCAAAGGUUGGUCGCAGGUUUCACAGAAUCGGGCUGCCACCAAAGGUUGGCUCCUUCCAAUUAUUCGUAGAAGGUUAUAAGGAAGCAGACUACUGGCUCCGGAAAUUUGAAACUGACCCUUUACCAGAAAAUACACGCAAGCAGCUUCAAUCUCAGUUUGAGAGAUUGGUGAUUUUAGAUUACAUCAUUAGGAAUACAGAUAGAGGAAAUGACAACUGGUUAAUUAAGUACGAGAAGCCAGAAACCAGAAGGGAAUCUCCUGACAAGGACAUUGAAUGGGCAGAUAGCAAAGAACCUGCUGUUAAAAUAGCGGCUAUCGACAAUGGAUUAGCUUUUCCAUUUAAGCAUCCUGAUGAGUGGAGAGCCUAUCCAUUUCACUGGGCCUGGCUUCUUCAAGCCAAAGUUCCUUUUACACAGGAGACGCGAGACUUUGUUCUUCCUCGAAUUUCAGAUAUGAAUUUUGUGCAGGACCUUUGUGAAGAUCUCUAUGAACUGUUUAAGACUGAUAAAGGAUUUGACAAAGCUACUUUUGAAUUGCAAAUGUCAGUAAUGAGAGGCCAGAUUUUAAACCUUACUCAGGCACUUAAAGAUGGCAAAAGCCCUAUUCAACUCGUCCAGAUGCCUCGUGUGAUUGUGGAAAGAAGUCAAUCUGGAAGCCAAGGCAGAAUAGUCCACUUGAGCAAUGCCUUUACCCAGACUUUUCAUUGCAGAAAACCCUUCUUUUCCUCUUGGUAGAGAACGUUUAAAGAAACAAACUUUUGAUUUAGAGAGAGAUGCUCUUGGCCUACUGCUGUAAAUACAAUGCAAUAAAAUGAAAAUGACUCGGGAAAUGAAUAGCUUGAUUGCACUGGGUGUCUCCUUUUGUGGACGCAUUCUAAAUGAGGUGAAAGUUAUCUACUGUAUCUAAAACUGCCAAAAACAGUUGCUUUGAUGUAACUCAUAAAAUGUUAGAUUCUGAAAGUAAAGUUUACAGAUAUUGCAAUGUUGAAAUUCUGCGUGAAUUUUGUAGUGUCAGGGAAUAUACAAACUCCGGUCGUAAUGUAUUUUUAUAGGAUAUGUACAUUAAUUCUCGAUUCAUAAUGUAUUAAAUAUCUGGGCAGGGCUAUUAUAAAGGGAAAUUCUUGAAUAAAGACGUUUAUGUGUUUGUACAUUCAGACCAAAAACUUUGUAAUUAAUUUCAUACAAAUGAAAGUUUAGGAGAAAAUGCUUUUUGUAAGCAGCACUGAUUUGACCACUUUGUUUCAUUAAAAGGCCUCAAAUAUAGUGUUUCAAAUUGAUUAAUUUGUUCGGUUAUAGUUAAAUACACUGCAUUACAUUACACUGUAGCAAAGUUGUGUUUGAAUGGUAAGACUACUGAAUGAUAUAUGCUUGCUUUAUUUUUGAACUUGACGAACUAUUAAAGGAUAUUAUUGUAAUUGAAUAUUUUCUGGAUGGAAAUUUUUCCCUAAACUUGUAAUAACUGAAAAAUGCCUUUUUGAAAUGCAAGAGAAUUUCAUAUAACAUCGCUGUUUUAUGUGACUGGUUGUGUUUCAAUAAACACUGCUGUGAACUUUA